UUUGUGGUGACCGGGGCAGAGAUGAGUGUCCAAGAGGGCUGGGAGUAGGGAUCCUGGAAAGCUCAGUGGGAGUCCUACGGAGCUCAUCGUGGAACUCUAAAGGAUUCAGAAUCGGGGUCUGAGGGAUUCGGGAAGCUAAGAUUUGAGACGAGUCAGAGUUAGUUCCGUCUGAAGGGGUCCAGAGGAAGAGCUUCCAAGGAGGCUGAAAGUGGACAUGUCUGAGAAGAAGCUGCAGAUUAGGGGCAGACGGAUGCUCAGAAUGAGACAUCUAAAAGGCCCGAGGCCAGAGGAGGGUUGGACUGGGUACAAGCAGUUGCUGUCAAUGGAGGAGGAGGAUGUCAGGGUUCCAGCCCUGGAACCAUUCAGGGUGAACCAGGCACCACCUGUAAUCUACUAUGUCCCUGACUUCAUCUCCAAAGAAGAGGAGGAAUAUUUGCUUCGACAGGUUUACAAUGCCCCAAAGCCAAAGUGGACCCAGCUAUCUGGGAGGAAGUUACAAAACUGGGGUGGGCUCCCCCAUCCCCGUGGGAUGGUCCUUGAGCGGCUGCCCCCAUGGCUCCAGCGCUACGUGGAUAAGGUGUCUGAUCUCAGCCUUUUUGGGGGUCUCCCAGCUAACCAUGUCCUCGUGAACCAGUAUCUGCCUGGGGAGGGCAUCAUGCAUUCAUCUCCUGUCCCAGCUUGGGAGCCCUGCUAUGACCCAGAGGGUGGGGAGGUACACUCCUGCCCUGCCCAGCCCUGGUGCCCACUCUCCAGCCGCAUGAGGAUGGACCACUGUACUACCCGACUGUCAGCACCAUCAGCCUGGGCUCCCAUACCAUGCUGGAUCUCUACAAGCCGCGGCAACCAGAGGACGAUGAUGUCACAGAACAGAAACCUAGUGGCUUUUCACCCGCCCUGUCUCUGGAUACCCACUGACCUUCAACCUGCCCUGCAGCCCCGGCCACCACCCAGGCCCACCACUUCACUGCUGCUGGAGCCCUGCAGCCUAUUAGUGCUCCGCGGCACCGCCUACACACGCCUCCUGCAUGGGAUCGCGGCCGCCCCCGUAGACACACUGGAUGCCACCUCGCUGCCAGCCAACGCAGCCGCCUGCCAAUCUGCACGGCCCGGAGCCUGCCUGGUGCGCGGCACCCGAGUCUCACUGACCAUCCGCCGUGUGCCCCGUGUGCUGCGCGCCAACCUCCUGCUCAGCAAGUGACCCAACAGGCUUCAGGGCCUGCUAGGAUUCCUGGGCUCCUGUCCCCUCUGGGCUGUUGUGACUGUGACCUUGUAAUCUUGAAACCCUGGGAUAGAGGAAGGAUUAUUUAUUUUCUCAGAAACUGUUGGAACCACCCCAUUUGAAAUAAACAGUCUCUCUCUGUCA